AUGCUCUCACGACCGAGCAUUGUCCAGCGCGCUUGGGCACUUGCGCUGGGGAUCAUUGCCGGGGGCACCCUUGUGUUAGCAGGUCCCUGUGAUCUCUAUGCCUCAGGAAACACACCUUGCAUUGCGGCGCACAGCACCACUCGCGCGCUAUACAGCGCUUACUCUGGUAAUCUCUACCAGGUAAAACGUGGCUCAGACAGUGCCACAACUGCCAUCGUCCCACUUACCGCUGGAGGCGUUGCAAACGCUGCAGCCCAAGACACUUUCUGCGCCAACACAACCUGCCUGAUUACCAUCAUCUACGACCAGUCUGGCAAUGGCAACCACCUCACUCAAGCACCACCUGGUGGCUUUGAUGGCCCGGAGGCCAAUGACUACGAUAACUUGGCCAGCGCAAUUGGCGCCCCAGUCACGCUGAACGGCAACAAAGCUUACGGUGUUUUUGUUUCGCCCGGCACGGGCUACAGAAACAAUGAGGCCUCCAACACGGCCACAGGCGAUGAAGCAGAGGGCAUGUACGCGGUUCUUGAUGGUACUCACUAUAACGGUGCCUGCUGCUUCGACUAUGGCAAUGCCGAGACUAGCAGCACUGAUACCGGCAACGGUCACAUGGAGGCUAUCUAUUAUGGCGAUAGCACCUCUUGGGGCUAUGGUGCCGGCGACGGCCCUUGGAUCAUGGCCGAUCUGGAGAACGGCCUGUUCUCUGGCUAUAGCACCACCGAGAACAGUGGUGAUCCGUCGAUCUCUUACCGAUUCGUCAGCGCCAUUGUCAAGGGUGAGCCAGAUCAGUGGGCCAUCCGUGGCGGCAACGCCGCGUCUGGGUCACUCUCAACGUACUACAGCGGCGUGCGCCCGGAUUCAUCGGGCUAUAACCCAAUGAGCAAGGAGGGUGCCAUUAUUCUUGGAAUCGGUGGUGACAACAGUGUCGGUGCCCAGGGUACUUUCUACGAGGGCGUGAUGACCUCCGGCUACCCCACCGAUGCCGUCGAGAACUCGGUUCAAGCUAACAUCGUGGCUGCUAAAUAUGCUACCACCUCGCUCGUCGGUGGCAAGGCACUUACUGUCGGCUCUACCAUCUCGCUGCGGGCUACUACAUCCGGCUACACCACUCGCUACAUCGCGCACACCGACACUACUGUCAAUACCCAAGUCGUCACCUCAUCCAGCAGCACUACCCUCAAAGAGCAGGCUAGCUGGAAGGUUGUCACCGGUCUUGGUAACAGCGGUUGCUACUCGUUCGAGUCCGUUGAUACACCCGGCAGCUACAUCCGCCACUACAACUUCGAGCUCCUGCUCAAUGCCGAUGACAGCACGAAGCAAUUCUAUGAGGAUGCCACUUUCUGCCCCAUGGCUUCUCUUAAUUCAGCUGGUACCAACUCUAUCCGAUCCUGGAGUUAUCCUACACGUUUUUUCCGUCAUUACGAGAACGUUCUAUACGUUGCUAGCAAUGGCGGCGUUGACACCUUUGACUCUACCACCUCAUUCAAUGCUGAUGUGAGCUGGGUGAUUACCACCGGCUGGGCUUCAUGA